AUGAUACCGAACACAGUGGUGUCAGGCUACAUGGGGAGUAGCCCAGCUGCAUACAAGAUGGCCAAUGAGUGGCAGGUGAUUAAUGAGCUGCCUUGGGCCCAAUUGGAGAAGGCAACUCGGAAGAUGAAGAAAUGGGCGGACAAGCAUAAACGAGAUGUUGUGUUUCAACCAGUGGGAAGAGCUGCUUACCGUGUGGAACUAUCAGUUCGAUUGAAGAUUCAUCCGGUGUUCCACGUGAGCAAUCUCAAGCCCUACCAUGCUGACCUCGAGGAGCCAAGUCGUGGAGAGUCUCAACGAGCUCCACCUUUGAUGGUGACUUCAUUUGACAAGGAGGUUGAGUGCAUUAUGGCCAAGCGAGAGGUGCGACGCAAGGGUGUACCGAGGAUCUACUGCGGCGACGAGGACGUCACCGGAUUAGGUGGGGGAAAAUGUCACGGCCCGCAUGUUCAAGGCCCAGGCAAUUGGAUUGAUCACGCUAGACCUCUUAGUCCACAUGUCCAGAUUCGUUGUACAGUAGUUGGUAAACUACGGUUGGUGACAGUAGUUGGUAGAUGCCGGUAG